AGCAGAGAGGCAGUGAUGAAGAUCACAUUGAACUUCAUGAAGAUGAUGAAGCAGGAGGAGCUGGUUGACCAUCUGCAGAGCAAACAUCUUGCUGCACUUUGUCAACAUAAACUAAAAUCUGGUCUGAAGGAAAAGUUCCAGUGUGUCUUUGAGGGAAUCGCUAAAGCAGGAAGUCCAACCCUUCUGAACCAGAUCUACACUGAGCUCUACAUCACAGAGGGAGGGACUGGAGAGGUCAAUGAUGAACAUGAGGUCAGACAGAAUGAAACAGCAUCCAGGAAACCACACAGACCAGAAACAACAAUCCGACAAGAAGACAUAUUUAAAGUCCAACCUGGAAGAGAUCAACCAAUCAGAACAGUGAUGACAAAGGGAGUGGCUGGCAUUGGGAAAACAGUCUUAACACAAAAGUUCACUCUGGACUGGGCUGAAGGCAAAGCCCACCAGAACAUCGAGUUCAUAUUUCCAUUCACUUUCAGAGAGCUGAAUGUGCUGAAAGAGAAAAAGUUCAGCUUGGUGGAACUGAUUCAUCACUUCUUUACUGAAACCAAAGAAAUCUGCAGCUUUGAGCACUUUCAGGUUCUGUUCGUCUUUGAUGGCCUGGAUGAGAGUCGACUUCCUCUGGACUUCCACAACAAGGAGAUCCUGACUGAUGCUACAGAGUCCAGCUCAGUGGAUGUUCUGCUGACAAACCUCAUCAGGGGCAAACUGUUUCCCUCUGCUCUCCUCUGGAUAACCACACGACCUGCAGCAGCCAAUCAGAUCCCACCUGAGUGUGUUGGCAUGGUAACAGAGGUCAGAGGGUUCACUGACACACAGAAGGAGGAGUACUUCAGGAAGAGAUUCAGAGAUGAGGAGCAGGCCAGCAGGAUCAUCUCCCACAUGAAGACAUCACGAAGCCUCCACAUCAUGUGCCACAUCCCAGUCUUCUGCUGGAUCACUGCUACAGUUCUGGAGGAUGUGAUGGAGAUCAGAGAGGGAGGAGAGCUGCCUAGCACCCUGACUGAGAUGUACAUCCACUUCCUGGUGGUUCAGACCAAAGUGAAGAAGGUCAAGUAUGAUGAAGGAGCUGAAACAGAUCAACACUGGAGUCCAGAGAGCAGGAAGAUGAUUGAGUCUCUGGGAAAACUGGCUUUUGAUCAGCUGCAGAAAGGAAACCUGAUCUUCUAUGAAUCAGACCUGACAGAGUGUGGCAUCGAUAUCAGAGCAGCCUCAGUGUACUCAGGAGUGUUCACACAGAUCUUUAGAGAGGAGAGAGGGCUGUACCAGGACAAGGUGUUCUGCUUCGUACAUCUGAGUGUUCAGGAGUUUCUGGCUGCUCUUCAUGUCCAUCUGACCUUCAUCAACUCUGGAGUCAACCUGAUGGAAGAAAAACAACCAUCUAACAUGUUUGUUUCAUUUGAAAAUGAAGACUUUUUUGAAGCAAAUUCUCUCCAUCAGAGAGCUAUUGACCAGGCCUUACAGAGUUCAAAUGGACACCUGGACUUGUUCCUCCGUUUUCUGCUGGGACUCUCACUGCAGACCAAUCAGAGACUCCUACAAGGUCUGCUGACACAGACAGGAAGUAGCUCACUGAAUAAUCAGAAAACAGUUCAGUACAUCAAGGAGAAGAUCAGUGAGGAUGUGUCUCCAGAGAAAAGCAUCAAUCUGUUCCACUGUCUGAAUGAACUGAAUGAUCGUUCUCUAGUGGAGGAGAUCCAACAGUCUCUGAGUUCAGGAAGUCUCUCCAGAGAUGAAUUGUCUCUUGCUCAGUUGUCAGCUCUGCUCUUCAUCUUGGUGUCAUCAGGAGAAGAUCUGGAUGAGUUUGACCUGAAGAAAUACUCUGCUUCAGAGGAGGUUCUUCUGGGGCUGCUGCCAGUGGUUAAAGCCUCCAACAAAGCUCUGUAA